AUGCGCAUCUUGUCAACCUGUAGUCCCUGUGAGGUCAACAUGUUCGUUCCCGGUUCCGUGUGCCCGGUCUGAGGUCCAAAUGUUGAGGCUGAUCGUCCGAAGGCUCCGGCCUGUCAACGGGCUGCCGGGCCUCCUCUCCGCCGGCUCGCAGCGCUCCCUGAGCGGCUCUGCUCCAGAGAUGCCCGCUGCCCAGGUGCGCAGACUCUUCCUGGACUUCUUCCAGGACAAACACGGUCACCGGCUGGUCCCGUCCUCCCCGGUCCGACCACGAGGAGACCCGAGCCUGCUGUUUGUCAACGCGGGCAUGAACCAGGUUAGUCUGAACUCGUCCGAACACUGAGGGCUGGUUGCUGACAGAGACCCGGAGGCUGCAUGUCUAAUAUAAUCCUGUAAUAAUAAUAAUGAUGAUAAUAAUAAUAAUGAUGAUGAUGACAGCGUGUGUGACUGUUAGACUGCAGACUGUUUAUGUGCACAGUCUUUAUAUCUCCGUAUUUUACAGUUCUUUGCACAGACACACGUUGAGCUCAGGGUCCUCUUCACUCCUUACAUCAGUUUUAAAGUUGAGGCAAUGUAAACACAGUACACUGAAUUAGUUUUUAAUUAGUGUCCCAUAUGACACAUGAUCAUUAUUCAUUUCAGUCAGACUUUGAAGCGGACAGAAGUUUUGCGACUUGUAUGAUUGUUGAACUAACAUAAUACAAAACAAGCCUCAUUUCACAUGGUUAUGUUUCACACAGUAAUAGUCACUGACAGAAAAAGAAACAAACAUAAAUCAUGUUUCUAAAAUUUUUAACACAGUGUUUCUUACAUACUUGUUCCCACAUAGUCGGGCUUCAGUCAGGAGCACAGCGGGUCACAGUCUGUCUGUGCUGAUGCUGCUGGUCUGCAGCACGGGCAACUUUACCUGUCAGGAAAAUCUCUGCGUGCUCAGGAAAAGUUCUCCACUAUCAUGUCUGUAGCUGUUGUGAUUUUCUUAUCAAAAUGAGCUCAGGGAGACCUGGUGCAUGUCUGCAGCUCGCUGCUGAGUCCACAUUGAGACAGGCUUUGAACUUAAAACACUGCCCUGAUAGCUAAGUAACAUGAGACCAUACAUUCCUGAGUCUGCUAGACCUCACAAGGUUUCUGGUUCUGGUUCCAGUUCAAGCCUAUCCUCCUGGGCACAGCAGACCCUCGCAGUGAGAUGGCGUCAUACCGCCGUGUUGUUAACAGUCAGAAGUGCGUGCGGGCAGGUGGGAAACACAAUGACCUAGAAGACGUAGGUGGAGACGUGUACCACCACACCUUCUUCGAGAUGCUUGGGAACUGGUCCUUUGGAGAUUACUUUAAGGUGAGGAGGGGGUGGGGCACCUGUGCACUGUGUGAAAGGACAGGAUGUUGAAUUAUUGUGUGUAUGUAUGUCUGUGUGCAGGAGGAGGCAUGCUGUAUGGCGUGGAGUCUCCUCACCCAGCAUUAUGGGAUACCUGCAGACAGACUGUAUGUGUCUUAUUUUGGAGGGGACUCUGGAUCAGGACUUCCUACUGAUGAAGAGACCCGACAGAUCUGGUUGGACCUGGGGUAGGUCUUUCUACUGCUGUGAUCCACGUCUGGAUCAGACAAGUUCUGUGUCAGACUCAGAGGUGGUCCAGGGUUGGUCUGGACCGUCUGAUGGUCUAACAUUCUGAUGGCGUGCUUUUCCUCAGGGUUCCUCCUGCUCGCCUCCUACCGUUUGGUCUGAAGGAGAACUUUUGGGAAAUGGGGGACUCAGGCCCUUGUGGCCCCUGCACUGAGAUUCAUUACGACCAUGUAGGGGGACGGGACGCAUCAGGACUGGUAAAUGCUGACAAUCCUGAGGUGGUGGAGAUCUGGAACCUGGUCUUUAUGCAGUACAACAGGUACAUACUCCCACCUGGAUGCAUACCUGAGAUAUAUAACUGGUCAGACCAUUUAAUGUGUGUGUGUGUGUGUGUGUGUGUGUGUGUGUGUGUGUGUGUGUGUGUGUGUGUGUGUGUGUGUGUGUGUGUGUGUGUGUGUGUGUGUGUGUGUGUGUGUGCGCGCCAGGGAGCUGGACCACAGUCUGAGGCUCCUCCCCCAGUUCAGUGUGGACACUGGGAUGGGACUAGAGCGACUGGUCAGCGUACUGCAGAGAAAGAGAUCCAACUAUGAUACUGACCUGUUCACACCACUGCUCCACCAGAUCCACCAGGUACACACCAAAACCACCUUCACCAGAUCCAUCAGGGACAUACUAACACCAGGUACAAUUAGGAAGAAGGUACAUGACAAAUUUAGGUAAACUUUGAACAAGGCAAUUUGAAAAACAGAUUUACUUCACAUCAAAUCCAAAACCAGGUACACCAAAUCAUAUAUAGUAUAACUCAAAAUAAGUGUACCAAAACAACAGGGUUCAUCAAAUCCAAUAGGUCCCACAUAUCCACCAUGUACCAGAGCCUCAAAGGUAAACUUCAAAACCAGGUACAUUAUACAACCAGACACAACAAAACCUUGGCGGUGUAUUCUGCCAACGGAUACCCCUGCCCAGCCAACGAGAUCCCAACACAGAAAUUGAAGUCAUGGAUUAAUAUUAACGUUUAAUUUUCAUUUUUAUCAAAACGGCCUAUAAAAUAUAAUUUGUGCAAUUUCAGACUCUGAAGCUUGCAAUCGUGUCAUUACUUUCAAAAUGUAUCUCUCCACUCCUCUGCGAUGAGCGGGGCUCUCUGCUGACUCCUCUCUCUAUUUCACAUUAUACACGCGUACUGACGUGCUACACCGCGGAGUUCAGAGGCGCGGCAUGUCAGCACCAUUGAGUCUGGUAUACUAUAUCACACCCUGCCAGUUUUGCAUAGGAUGGUUUUGACAACCCAGGAUUCUGGCUCCUUUCUAUCGUGUUUGCAGCCAACAAAACUAUUUAAAAAAAUGGUCAUGGAGCACCAAACCAUCCCCACACGUAGUAAUGUGGAUGCUGCAUAUUCUCUUGUGGAUGCUAGCUUAAGCAUCUCUCCCAGCUCCAAAACUAGCACUGGUUCAUCUCCCGCUACCCCGUAUGACGCCCCCCGCCAAAGUGAAAGCGCUAGGGGAAACACUGCUUGGUGUAAAUAAUAAGCCAAGUUCACUUGAGCCACUUCACAAACAGUUAAACAUCUUUCAGGUUCAUCAAAUCCACCAGACACUUUACAACCAUGUGCUUAGCGUCCACCUGGUACAUCAAUUCCACCAGGCUCAUGAGAUCCACAGGGCUUACCUGUCAACUAGGCACACCAAUAACCAUAUAUAAAACAUCCACAAAGUGUAUGAAAUCCACAAGGGGUAUGGAGAUCCACCAGAUAUUCAUUUACUGUACUAACCAGAAUGCUAUGAAAAUCAACUUGACACCUGGUCCUCAGGUUGUGCUUAGAAGUAUCAAGUGUUGCUGGGACUUACAGCCUCUUGUUGUCAUGGCAAUGUGUCUUCAGCGGUCUGGGGUGGAGCCCUAUGGUGGAAGGACAGGCGUGGAUGAUAAGGGAAAAGUGGACACUGCCUACCGGGUGGUAGCGGAUCACAUUCGGACGCUAUCAGUCUGCAUUGCCGAUGGAGUUCAUCCAGGCAUGUCAGGAGCAGAGUGAGUCAUCGACCAAUCAGCUGUCAACAGGCAGCUGGUGACCAAUCAGCUGACAGUGUUCUGUUUUUUAUAUCUAAUGUUUAUGUUUAUUAAGUUGAUACACUGCAGUGUGUUUAUAACUGCAGUUUCUUCUAAUGUUGUUCAUUUGUGUGUUUAUGCUUUGUGUAUUUUGUUGUUUAUAUUGUGUAUAAAUGAUGUGCUUGUGUGUGUUAGGUUGGUUCUGAGGAGGAUCUUACGCCGGGCAGUCCGGUUCUGCGUGGAGGUUCUUCAGGCUCCUCAGGGAACCCUGGCGAGUCUGGUUCCAACCGUCACACAAAUGCUGGUAAACCACAUUUCCCUUGAUCCUCCUGACUAGACCUAAAUCCAACUAGACAGAAUACCAGGAAAAGACUAAAACGUGUUCUUUCACUUUGCUGAUAAUGAUGAAUAAAGAUGAAUUUACUGGUCAAUUGAUUAAUUGAUGAUCUGUUUGGUUGUUUGUCUUUCUGUGCGACAGGGUGAUGUGUAUCCCGAGCUGCACAGGGAGGCAGACAGGGUGAGUGUUAAAAAGAUCAGAGAUUAACCUUUCAGUUGAGGUGUUCCGUAGGGCUCUGCACUAAGACUCCACAUUUUCAUAUUUCAGAUUUAUUAACUGAUGUCAGAUUGCCACCUCAGGACUUCAGACGGACCAAAUCAGAGUUUAGAGAGUUGAUAUCACAUAAUAAUCUAUCUACAUAUUCAGACAUUAAACAUAAAUCAGCUAUGUUUACAUGACCUCUGUGACUUCAGAUCGUUGGAUGUGAUUUAGAAAUUCUGAUCUCUGGUUCAGUCAGUGAAUAGACAGGUGUACAACGUCAUCAGCAGGUGUUUAUUGGCUGCUGUUGUCUUUCAGAUCAUGGAUGUCAUCAACGAGAAUGAAGCUCAGUUUCUGUCAUCUCUGCGUCAGGGCAGCAGGCUGAUCCAUCGCACCAUCAAGCGAAUGGACUGCAAAAAUGGCCUCUUUCCCGGUUAGUUCCUCCCUUAACCCUUUCACAGUGAACUCUAUAGGUAUCACCAGAACACCCACAGAGUUGUUUUUUUAUCAUUUCAGUUGCAAGUUUGGAUGUUAAAGAUGGAAAUAAGAACAGGUGGUGUUUGAUACAAGAACACAGAAACAUCUUCUAACAAAGCUUAAAUCUGUAAAUGUUUAGUCUGAGUUCAGUUCAGCUUUUCAGCUCAUUACACAAAAAAACCCAAACUAAACCUGCCAGUGUCUGUAAUGACCAUCAAACAGGAAGUAGUAGUUUGAAGAGCUUAAACUAUUGUGAGUUACUAAAUGUGGCACACGACAGUGUGCCAGUUAGCAAUGUUAAACGUUAAAAAGCCUUAGUCAGUAGGUGCGGCUUGGUCGGUUGUUCUGCCACACCCACAAUUUUUCAGAAAUUCAGCACCAAAACUGUGUUUUACUUUGAAAGACAUGCCUCACUGGACUUUAGUAUCAUGCCAAAAUCUACAAAAAAGUCUCCUUGACCCAUGUCAUAAAAUCAACAGGAAGUCUGCAAUUGUUAAUACAUACAACACACUUCAAACUAAUACUACUUAACAAUCAGCUUAAACCUGUGUGUGUGUGUGUGUGUGUGUGUGUGUGUGUUUUUGUGUGUGUGUGUGCACGCGCGUGCGUGCGCGUGCGCUUGAAUCAGCCUCAGUGGCCUGGUCUCUGCAUAGGGACCUGGGUUUUCCUUUAGACCUGGUUGAUCUGAUGUUGGAGGAGAAAGGUGUUCAGGUGGACCAUCAGAAGCUGGACCAGCUGAUUGCAGAGAACCACAAGGUGGCGCUUUAUUUUUUGACAUGUUUUUACUAAGAAACACAGUUUGAAUGUGAACUACAACUUCUAUGAUGCCCUUGGUUUUCCUUGACUUUUUUAAUAUAUGCAUUAGCUGUUGUUGAAAACUAAUGAUGGUACAGCCACAUCAGAUAAUCCCAGAACUAAAUGCAUCUGUCUGAAAUCCAAGAUCUAUGAAGACUUUUUUUGAAGGGGCUGUUUUUGAAGGGGCUGUCUGAAAGUGAAUAUAAGUUUAUGUAAUGUUGAGCACUUUUAUUUUGAAGGGGCAGACUGUGCUGUCUUUAUAAGAAAGGUGAAGCUGACUGUAUGUUACACAGUUUUUUUUUUGCAUCAUUAAAUACGCAGAAAAAAAUUGUUCAUAGUUUAUUGUGUUCAAGUCUUUGUGUUAAUGAUACCGUCUUUUCCAGGCGAGGUCUGAACAGCAGUCAGGUGUGCAGCCUCAGGUGAUGUUGGAUGUCCUGAGUCUGGCAGAGCUACAGUGUUUGGGAGUCCCUUUCAGUGACGACAGUCUGAAGUAUGAGUACAGGCUCCAGGACGGCAGAUAUGGUACAGACUUAGUUUUAUUGUUUGCCUGCUUUCUCUGAAUUCUAAUUUAUCCAAACCGAUGUAAAACAAGAGGAGGGAUUCACUCUGAGCCUGAACCUGAAGUUAAUGGCAUAGUUAAGGUCAUUUCUACUUCGAAAACUAAACUCCUGAAAUAAUGAAAAUGAGUGUUUGUCGAGAAGUUUGAACUUUUUUCCCUGCUGUGAGGAGAUUUUCUGGUUAGAUACAAAAUGAAAAUAAAAGAUUCGCUGUGGAUUGGUGCAGUGUCAGCGGUACUCUUCAGUGUUGCACUGGACUGUUUUGACGAGAGUUGAGCAGGGAGGCAAAGCUUUUAAGUUAGCAGUCAGUCCACGAUCCAAGGUUCGAUGGAUGGGUGGGUGGAUAAAGUGCGUGUCUCACCUGUCUAUGUGUGUUAAUGUCAGACAGGUAAUUCUUCUUCUCCUACAUCACUUUCUCUUGACCAGAGUUCCCAGCAUGCCGUACGGAAGUCCUGGCUCUGUAUGAUGGUCUAAAUCUGGUGUCAGAGGUCACUGAGGGUCAGCGCUGUGGUGUCAUCCUCAAACAAACCUGCUUCUACUCUGAACAAGGGGGGCAGUCACAUGACCAGGGCUACUUCACCCGGGAUGGCCUGCAGGUCAGCUGACCUGUAGAGGGGCAGUGCAUCAUGGGAAAUUUUUCUGCUGCAUGUAAAGAUAAGAUCUGAAUCCAAGUGUACCUACUGUCUGUUAGGAUGUCCUGUACCCUGUCGAGGCGGUGGUCCUGGCUGGAGGGUAUGUGGUCCACCAGGUGACUGCAGCAGACAGCCUGAAGGUUGGAGACCAUGUGCAUUUAUACCUGGACCAGGUGAGGAGAGACCGUCAGAGCUGAUCUGAGGGAACUCCAUGUUUUAAAGAUGGUCUUAGUAACUUAAACAGUCAUCUGCAUAGAAACAGAGAAUUGAAUGAAAAAAAUGUUGGUCCCAGUACAGAGUCCUGAGGGACACCUGUACAGGUAAAAUCUGAGCUGUUUCCUCUAAAAACCUGUACAGUUCCAGGACAGGGGAAGUGGGACAGGUGUGAAUGUGUUCUCAUGUUUCUCCUGUCCCUCAGGCGCACAGACUAGCCUGCAUGGUGAAGCACACAGCAACCCACGUCCUGAACUUCGCUCUCAGACAGGUUUUGGGUCCGUCAGUCCAUCAGAGAGGCUCUCACGUGUCCGCUGACCGACUCCGCUUCGACUUUAGUGUCAAGGUGUGAGCCACCUCACCUGUUGCUGUUUUACAAAUAAGACAGGAAGUGCUCACCUGUUGGUUUCUAAGUCACAUGAUGAGUUCCACUGUCUGUGAUUGGUCCUCAGGGUUCACUGAGUGUUGAGCAGCUGCAGCAGGUAGAGAGGUGUGUCAGUGACAUCAUCACAGCCAAUCAGGUGGUCUACUGCCAGGAGGUCCCCUUGCAGGCUGCCAGGAGCAUCAACGGGUUAAGGACAGUGGACGAGGUAAAAUCAUACCUGUCUGUCUUACCUGUCUCUCUGUUUGUACGUAUAUUAACUGUUUUCUCUCUUUAUCUGUCUCAGGUGUAUCCUGACCCCGUACGGGUGGUGUCUGUGGGCUUACCUGUCCCUGAACUGUUGGGGAACCAGUCAGACAGUGAGAUGUCUGUGGAGCUCUGCUGCGGAACGUAAGUGAUUUGGGAACACACCUGUUCACCUUUCUAACAUCACCUGAAGUCAAACUCAGACUGACAGCAUGAUGUAAUGUCACAUUGUUUUAAGUGUGACCACCAGGGGGCCACACCCAUUUCUUGUUACAGAUUUAGCAUAUGAUAAGAAAUUAUGUGUGUGUGUGUGUUCAGUCACCUGCUGCAGACUGGGGACAUUGAGGACCUUCUUAUUGUCUCUGAGAGACAGAUGGUCAAAGGAAUCAGCCGGAUCAUCGCCAUGACUGGACGGGAUGCAACAAGGGUCAGUAACACACACAGCACUGAUGUCUGCAGGGCCUUUUAUAACAGAUGUAACACCUGUCUCUCUGGUCGGGUCUUGCCUGUAGGCUCGGGAGGCAGGUCAGGUGUUGGCUCAGGAUGUGGACUCUCUAGCAGCCAGACUAUCUGACCACGCCCCCUCCAGCAUUGACUCUGCCCACUGCCUCACCAAGGAGGUUGGAGUUUUGUCUGAUGUAAGUAGUCUGUCUACCCAUGGUCCAUUGCAGCCUCAAUUGCAGCCAAAGUUCUUAUGUACCUGUAAAUGUGUGCAGUAAUUUCCUCAGUUCUGUCUGUCAGGUUGUAGUUUAACCCCCAAUUUUCACCGCAUCCGGAACGGCUCCGAUCCCAAACGGCAGCGAUAUUUUACUGUCCGCCAAUUCCCACCGGAUCCGAUGGUGAGGCGAAUUUCGUGGCAGAUUACAGACAGUGGUUAUCGCGAGAACUAACAAGAACCCGUUGAUUCACGUGCAAUCGCUCGAUAAUGAGUUGUCUCUAUAAAGACAGCCACGGAGGCUAACCAUGAAAGCAGCAGAUUGUGUCCUUCCAGAGGAGGAAAUCCUCCUCUAGACUUCUAAAAUCAGCAUCUGCUUAUCCAUGGUGUCAUUGGGGUGAAAUGCUGUCUGAAAACCUUUGACUUGUUCGUCCCCGCCUGUUGGCAUGGUGUGAAAUACGAUCCGCCUGAAACACGGAGUGUUUUAUUUUGAAAAGAAGCCACAUAUUUUAUUUUGUGUCUGUGACUGACUUCCUUUCCAGCACGGAUUAAUCUGUGCUGAAUUUAUCCAACAUGCUCUGGUGUCCGGAAAAAAUUGAACUCUUACGAUUGGUGGAUACGGCCUUUUUCGUAGGCGUACCGGAUGCGGUGAAAAUUGGGGGUAAAUCUCUGACCCUGGGCUUCGCCUGACAGGCUGGAGAUCUAUGCCUGACCCUGAGUUCCGUCUUGCAGGCUGUAGAUAACACCCCCAUCCCUCAGUGGCAGCGCAGAGAGCUCCAAGCUCAACUCAAAGCUCUGCAGAGGACCAGCAACACCUGGGCCAGGAAGCUAGAGACCAGAGAAGUACAAACACACGCUUAGGAAACACACUGAUACAGUAAUAAAGGCUGGUGUUUUUCUGAAUGCUUUUCCCAUCAUGCUUUGCUCAGGCUGCAGUUAAAGCUCAGGCCUUGCAGGAGAAGAACGGCAGGAAGGAUCUGCUGGUGGAUUUUGUGGAGACGGACUCGCUGUCGGUAAGACCAGGGACCCCUCAACCCCUCUUUAACAGAUCAACAAAGCAUACAUUUCCCAUAAUCCACCACUGACCACAGCUUCUCUCACCUGUCUUUGUUAGGUAUUGAUGAAAACUGUGAAUCAGCUAAGCGCAGUGGCGCCUCGCAGUCAUGUGAUGCUGCUUGCUCAUCAGAAGCAUUCUGGGAAAGUUCUUUGUGCCUGUCAGGUUCCAAAGGUAACCAUGACUCACUUGUCAGUGAACCACAGAGGAGGGCGCCAUGUUUGACGGUUCUGAUGGCUGUGCUCUCUCUCUGCAGGACUCCUCCUUUCUCCCGGCCUCCGAUUGGGCAGUGGCGGUGUGUCAUCAUCUAGGGGGGAGUGCUGGAGGCUCUGCACUAGUCGCUAAGGGAACUGGGAGCAGCAGUGACAUCACUGAGGCUCUGAGGUGGGCGGAGCAAUUUGCUCGCCAGGCAGUUCAAUGAUAAUGUCAUGAGUGACAUCAUUGUGACGUCACAGCGCCCUUGCUCGGUGCCAAGGCAUCUGCACCCUGAGGAACUGUCAGACAAAAGUUUGGGGGCGGGACAUGUGAACUUUGGACGCUGAAGUUUGGGUGACCAAUUUUUAGUGGGCGGGGCUCUACUUUGCAGUUGGCGGCCAAUCAGAGGCUUUGUGAUGAGGCUGUUUGUGAGCUUCAUCGAGGUGUUAAUACUGAGCAAGCAGACUCUGGCUAUAAACUAUGUAAAAAACAUAAAACACCUAUUUCAGGGGGACGUAAGCCCCGCCCACAGCUCCUCUCAUUGGAGGAGAGUCAAAGGUGAAAGUUUCUUAUUUAAACUGCAGAGAUUUUAUAAAUGUAAUUAUUUGUUUAAAUAAAUGAAGCAAUGAACCUUCA